ACAAGACCUCGUUCACAAGAGGUCAAUCAUCCAAAGGGACAUUUCCAUCACAACAAAUAUCAUCUUUUGACUGCAUCUUCAGCAUUUAGCACCUGCAGAGGGAAAUUGGUUAUUAAGGAGAACAUGAGGCAGAAGCUAGCCAUUGCGUUUAUCAUAACACUUGCAUCACAUUAUGUCAUGUCACAAGAGCCAUGUCAUAUAUCAGAUCAAGAUGCAGCUAACACAACAACAUUAGCACCAUCAGACACUGCAACAACACAAACAUCCAUAACUGAAGCCACACAACCGGCCACAAGCAUAGCAACACAAACUCCCACAACUGGAGCAACAAACUCUACGACAAGUGGCCCAAUACAAUCUACCACAAAUGGAGAUACACAAUCAUCCACACCUGAAACUACUCAAUCACCUACACCUGGAACUACACAAUCACCCACACCUGAAGCUACACAAUCACCCACACCUGAAGCUACUCAAUCACCUACACCUGGAACUACACAAUCACCAACACCUGGAACUACACAAUCACCCACACCUGAAGCUACACAAUCACCCACACCUGAAGCUACACAAUCACCCACACCUGAAGCUACACAAUCAUCCACACUUGAAGCAACGCAAUCACCCACAACUGAAGCUACUAAAUCACCUACACCUGGAACUACACAAUCACCUACAGUUGAAGCUACACAAUCACCCACACCUGAAGCUGUACAAUCAUCCACACUUGAAGCAACGCAAUCACCCACACCUGAAGCUACUAAAUCACCUACACCUGGAACUACACAAUCACCUACAGUUGAAGCUACACAAUCACCCACACCUGAAGCUGUACAAUCAUCCACACUUGAAGCUACGCAAUCACCUACACCUGAAGCUAUACAUUUAGCCACAAGCGAAACAACACCAUCAUCCCCAGUUGAAGCUACACAAUCUCCCACAGCAGAAGCUACAAAAUCCCCUACACCUGAAGCUACACAAUCUCCCACACCUGAAGCAACUCAAUCACCUACACCUGGAACUACACAAUCACCCACACCUGGAACUUCACAAUCACCCACAACUGAAGCUACACAAUCACCCACACCUGGAGCUACACAAUCAUCUACACUUGAAGCUACACAAUCACCCACACCUAAAGCUACUCAAUCUCCUACACCUGGAACUACACAAUCACCCACAACUGAAGCUACACAAACACCUACACCUGGAACUACACAAUCAUCUACACUUGAAGCUACACAAUCAUCUACACUUGAAGCUACACAAUCACCCACAACUGAAGCUACACAAUCACCCACCCCUGAAGCUACACAAUCAACCACACCUGGAGCUACACAAUCACCUACACCUGGAACUACACAAUCACCUACACCUGGAGCUACACAAUCACCUACAACUGAAGCUACACAAACACCUACACCUGUAACCACACAAUCAUCUACACUUGAAGCUACACAAUCAUCUACACUUGAAGCUACACAAUCAACCACACCUGGAGCUACACAAUCACCCACAACUGAAGCUACACAAUCACCUACACCUGAAGCUACUCAAUCUCCCACACCUGAAUCAACUCAAUCACCUACACCUGGAACUACACAAUCACCCACAACUGAAGCUACACAAUCACCCACACCUGGAGCUACACAAUCAUCUACACUUGAAGCUACACAAUCACCCACACCUGAAGCUACUCAAUCUCCUACACCUGGAACUACACAAUCACCCACAACUGAAGCUACACAAACACCUACACCUGGAACUACACAAUCAUCUACACUUGAAGCUACACAAUCAUCUACACUUGAAGCUACACAAUCACCCACAACUGAAGCUACACAAUCACCCACCCCUGAAGCUACACAAACACCCACACCUGGAACUACACAAUCAUCUACACUUGAAGCUACACAAUCACCCACACCUGAAGCUACUCAAUCUCCUACACCUGGAACUACACAAUCACCCACAACUGAAGCUACACAAACACCUACACCUGGAACUACACAAUCAUCUACACUUGAAGCUACACAAUCAUCUACACUUGAAGCUACACAAUCACCAACAACUGAACUUGAAGCUACACAAUCAUCUACACUUGAAGCUACACAAUCACCCACAACUGAAGCUACACAAUCACCCACCCCUGAAGCUACACAAUCACCUACACCUGGAACUACACAAUCACCCACAACAGAAGCUACACAAUCACCUACACCUGAAGCUACUCAAUCUCCCACACCUGAAUCAACUCAAUCACCUACACCUGGAACUACACAAUCACCCACAACUGAAGCUACACAAUCACCCACACCUGGAGCUACACAAUCAUCUACACUUGAAGCUACACAAUCACCCACACCUGAAGCUACUCAAUCUCCUACACCUGGAACUACACAAUCACCCACAACUGAAGCUACACAAACACCUACACCUGGAACUACACAAUCAUCUACACUUGAAGCUACACAAUCAUCUACACUUGAAGCUACACAAUCACCCACAACUGAAGCUACACAAUCAUCCACCCCUGAAGCUACACAAUCACCUACACCUGGAACUACACAAUCACCCACAACAGAAGCUACACAAUCACCUACACCUGAAGCUACUCAAUCUCCCACACCUGAAUCAACUCAAUCACCUACACCUGGAACUACACAAUCACCCACAACUGAAGCUACACAAUCACCCACACCUGGAGCUACACAAUCAUCUACACUUGAAGCUACACAAUCACCCACACCUGAAGCUACUCAAUCUCCUACACCUGGAACUACACAAUCACCCACAACUGAAGCUACACAAACACCUACACCUGGAACUACACAAUCAUCUACACUUGAAGCUAUACAAUCAUCUACACUUGAAGCUACACAAUCACCCACAACUGAAGCUACACAAUCACCCACCCCUGAAGCUACACAAUCAACCACACCUGGAGCUACACAAUCACCUACACCUGGAACUACACAAUCAUCUACACUUGAAGCUACACAAUCACCCACACCUGGAACUACACAAUCACCCACAACUGAAACUACACAAACACCUACACCUGUAACUACACAAUCAUCUACACUUGAAGCUACACAAUCACCCACAACUGAAGCUACACAAUCACCCACCCCUGAAGCUACACAAUCAACCACACCUGGAGCUACACAAUCACCUACACCUGGAACUACACAAUCAUCUACACUUGAAGCUACACAAUCACCCACACCUGGAACUACACAAUCACCCACAACUGAAGCUACACAAACACCUACACCUGUAACUACACAAUCAUCUACACUUGAAGCUACACAAUCACCCACAACUGAAGCUACACAAUCACCCACACCUGAAGCUACACAAUCACCUACAACUGAAGCUACACAAACACCUACACCUGGAACUACACAAUCAUCUACACUUGAAGCUACACAAUCACCCACCACUGAAGCUACACAAUCUCCCACACCUGGAACUACACAAUCAUCUACACUUGAAGCUACACAAUCACCCACACCUGAAGCUACUCAAUCUCCCACACCUGGAACUACACAAUCACCCACAACUGAAGCUACACAAACACCUACACCUGUAACUACACAAUCAUCUACACUUGAAGCUACACAAUCAUCUACACUUGAAGCUACACAAUCACCCACAACUGAAGCUACACAAUCACCCACACCUGAAGCUACACAAUCAACCACACCUGGAGCUACACAAUCACCUACACCUGGAACUACACAAUCACCUACACCUGGAGCUACACAAUCACCUACAACUGAAGCUACACAAACACCUACACCUGGAACUACACAAACAUCUACACUUGAAGCUACACAAUCAUCUACACUUGAAGCAGCACAAUCAACCACACCUGGAGCUACACAAUCACCUACACCUGGAGCUACACAAUCACCUACAACUGAAGCUACACAAACACCUACAUCUGUAACUACACAAUCAUCUACACUUGAAGCUACACAAUCAUCUACACUUGAAGCAGCACAAUCAACCACACCUGGAGCUACACAAUCACCUACACCUGGAGCUACACAAUCACCCACAACUGAAGCUACACAAACACCUACACCUGGAACUACACAAUCAUCUACACGUGAAGCUACACAACCUUCAACAACUGGAGCAACACAACCUGCCACAACUGGACCAACACAAACUUCCACAAUUGGAGUAACACAACCAGACACAACUGAGGGACCAAAGACAAGCACAACUGAAGCAACACAGUCUCCCACAACUGGAGUAACACAACCUGCCACAACUGGAGUAACACAAUCAGCCACAACUGAAGGACCAAAGACAAGCACAAAUGAAGCAACACAAUCUCCCACAACUGGAGUAACACAGUCUCCCACAACUUCAGAAACAGAGUCUCCCACACAUGCAGAAAUACAGUUUCCCACCACUGAAGGACCAAAGACAAGCACAGAUGAAGCAACACAAUCUCCCACAACUGGAGUAACACAACCUGCCACAACUGAAGGACCAAAGACAAGCACAAAUGAAGCAACACAAUCUCCCACAACUGGACUUACACAGUCUCCCACAACUGCAGAAACACAGUCUCCCACAACUGCAGAAACACAAUCUCCCACAACUGGAGUAACACAGUCUCCCACAACUGCAGAAACACAAUCUCCCACAACUGGAGUAACACAACCAGCCACAACUGAAAGACCAAAGACAAGCACCAAUGAAGCAACACAAUCUCCCACAACUGGAGUAACACAGUCUCCCACAAGUGCAGAAACACAAUCUCCCACAACUGGAGUAACACAAUCAUCCACUCAUGGAGCAACACAAACUGCCACGACUGGACCAAUGCAAACGUCCACAAUUGGAGGAACACAGUCAUCAACAAAAAGAGUAACCAAAACUAACACAAUACAAGCAACACAGUCUACCACAAAUGUUGCAAUUCAAACAAGCACAACAGGAGCAACAAAGUCUGUGACAAGUGAAGCCACACAGUCAGCCACAACUCCAACAAUACAACCUGUCAUAAAUGAAGUAACACAAUCUGUCACUACUCCAGCAAUACAACCUGUCAUAAAUGAAGUAACACAAUCGGUCACUACCCCAGCCCCCACUACAGCUAUUGCAACGUUCUCAGCCCCGACUACAAACACUGCUGCAACUACCCCAGCCCCGACUACAACCACUCCUGCAACUACCCCAGCCCCCACUACAACCACUCCUGCAACUACCCCAGGCCCCACUACAACCACUACUGAAACUACCCCAGCCCCAACUACAACUACUACCGCAACUACCCCAGCCCCCACAACUACAACCACCACCACCACCACCACAGCAGCACCAACCACCACUACAACCACCACCACCACAGCAGCACCAACCACCACUACAACCACCACCACCACAGCAGCACCAACCACCACUACAACCACCACCACCACCACAGCAGCACCAACCACCACUACAACCACCACCACCACAGCAGCACCAACCACCACCACCACUGCAGCUCCCGUUACAACUCGUCCAGCUCCCGUUAUUGCAAUUCAGUUGUUCAUUGUCAUAGUAUUUCAGCCAGCUCUUACCAACCCACAGAGCCCAGUGUUCCAGGCACAAGCACUAGUGGUUCAAAAUUCAUUUAAUUUGAUCUAUCAACAACGUUAUGGAGCACUGUUUGUUCGGACCAUUGUGAUAGCCUUCAGGUUGUCUCGGAACCGAAUGGACAAUGUUGAGACAGAUGUCGAGUUAGUGUUCAAUGAGGAAUCCACUGAACCCCUUCCUCAAAGUUCUGAUGUUAUUGACACCUUGGCAACCGCCAUAAAUGACUCGAGUUCAGGCUUUAAUCUGACUGUGGUUCCUGGAUCAAUUUCUGUGACAAGUGCCCCCCGCUCAACAGGCAUGCCCGAGUUUCGCACCAGUGAAACAUUUAUUGCUGAUCUUUCUAACUCCUCUUCGGAUGCCUUCCGUAACAGAUCCUCACUCAUCAAGAGAGAGCUUGAACCAUUUUUCAUUGAAGACUUCAAGACAGAUUUCAUCAGCCUAACAUCAAGAAGCUUCAGCAAUGGAUCCAUUAUCCAUAAGACCGACAUUACUGUGACCGCCAAUGGCACAUUCCCCAAUGACACGCAGAUCAUUGCUACCUUGACUAGAGCUGCGUUAAGUGGAAAUUUGUCAUUUGCCAUCACCUCUAUCAAUGACACAGCGGUGUCUGCUGGUGAAGUCAGCAGCAGUGUUAACCUCCUGAGUGCCUGCGGGCUUACCAUCCUGUCACUCCUUGUGGCUCGGCCCUGGUAGGCUGUGGCUGUAGGCUGUGGCUCUCACCUUUGACCUCGUUCACACAGAACUUAUACUGUCAACAUGACGAGGUCCCGUGCCACUUACCCUGGUGGUAUCCCUAACCAUCACACUGUUUCUACCUUCUGACCUAAACUGCAUAAACAGGGACAGAAAAUUACCCCCUUCUAUCACACUUGGAUCUCUUACUUUGUGGCUUUUUCAAUUCAGGAUCCAUAUGCUUCAAGGGUUGCAUUUGCAGCCCGAAUGCGUCAAGGUUGUAAACCCAUUUUACACUAUGCAGCCUCUUCUCCCUGUGUGCGACACCAACAAUUGGAUUCUUCACGACCCAAAAUGAAUUGCGUGCUGGUAACGAUUCAUGACUGCACACCAAAAUUGCAGAAAAAGCAGCCCCCUGUAUACUAGUCUCAUUGUCUGUCUCAUUUAACAUUGUCACAGUCUUUAAUUUGCAGUUGUGGAAGGCAACACAUUCAUAUAGCCUACUGGCAUAGGCUUUGUCCUCAAAAGCAUUUAGCCCCUAGAGUGAGACACAAGUUGUGACAGUUGUUGUGUGGAGGAAUUUGCAUCUCUCUGUCUCUCUGGAUCUUACCAACAGUUCAGUUUAAAUGAUUUGGAAUUUGUGGUAAAGAAUGAUGAGGAAGGGAACAAGCCUGUAAACUACACGACCAUGAGUCUGUAAUCACGUGUGCACCUUAAGCUAAAGCCAUUGUUUCAGUGAAUUUAGUCCUGCAAAUUCUGUCAGAAAGAAUGAUGCUGUUAUACACUGGAUAUACCCUCUUUUUUUGAGAGUUGUUUUUCUUACUGUGGUUCAUUUUAAAUAAGUAACUCAUUAUUGUGCUGGUUAUUUUUCUUUAAAUUAUUUAACUUACUUUAUUAAAUAACUUAAUUAUUUUACUUACUUAUUUGAAUUUUUCGACUUACUUGAGGGACAUGUAUGAUAUGAUUAUGAAGAUUUUCUAUUUAUAUAGGACACACACAUACACUAUGUCGCUCUGUUAAAAGUGACAUCACAAAUUGCACUAAUUGAAUCUACAAAAAAUGUAUACUUAAUUUACAUUAUGCACAUCUACUGUUAUUGUUAAGUGUUUAAAAUAAAUGCCUACAUUCCA